AUGCAUUGGGAAUGGAAGAGUUGUCCAACGGCUUGGAAAACGCAGUACGCCGGUAGAAAUAAGAAAACAACGCUAAUACUGGAAGUUGUUGCGGAUCAGGAUUUAUGGAUCUGGCAUUCCUUCUUUGGUAUUCCCGGAUCUUGUAAUGAUCUUAAUGUGCUGUACCAUUCACCAGUGUUCGAUGAGGUUCUGCAUGGUCGAGCUCCUCCGGCUGCUGCUCGGAAGGACGUUGAAAGAGCUUUCGGUGUUUUGCAAGCUCGAUUUGCUAUAAUACGAAAACAGUCACUGGCAUACGAUGAGGAUAUAUUGCGGGACAUAAUGAAAGCAUGUAUCAUUAUGCACAACAUGAUUGUUGAAGAUAAGCGCCACAACUACACUCGAGCUGAAGUUCUGAGAAGCUUCUACGAAGAAGAUCAACAAGAUUUAACAACAGCAUCAAUGUCUACAACGCCACCGUUUGAAUUCAACGUAGGCCGACCUACCAACUUUGACUUUAACUCAUUUCUACAACGAAAAGCUCCCCUCCGUGAUAGAGAAACUCAUCUAUCUCUGAAAAGUGAUUUAGUCGAACAAAUUUGGUUACAAUACGGGCCAACUAAUUAG